GUAAUGUUGCCUUGGAGGAAUACAAAACAAACAUAUUUGUGGAAAACUCCAUUGCUAGUAUACAAUCUUACUACAGAAGAAACUUUAACUUUUAAAGCACCAUGUUCUUUAAAGCAGUCAGUAUUGGUAACUAUGUAUGUCACUUUUGUAAAAGCAUAAGCUGUCAGCUUUGAGGAAUUUCUGAUGCUUGGCUACAGCGUAUGGCAAAAUUUCUAGUGCCUUAUCUCAGACCAACCAAGUCACAACUUUCAGGUGUGGGCCCUAGUAACGUUUUUAAAAAUCAUACUCCUUAUAUAAGUCUUUUUUUUCCCCCCAACUCAUACCACUGCACAGAUAGAAAGGGUAAACCCUGCUUAUGAGAUUACUGCCAUAGCAGAGAAAAUCGAAAACAAAAGCAAAGAGACCAGAGCCAGGAGUUGAGAGGAGGAGUUAAGGAAAAAGGCUUGAAAUAUCAGCCUCCAUUCUGGAGCACCUCAGUUGAAUGGCAGGACCUCUGACUCUGUGGUGGCUCCUGCUGCUGCUUUGACUCCAGGGACCUAAUAAACAGGAGCUGCUGGUGGCUUCCCUGGAGACAUUUGCAGCCUUCAACGACAAGCUUCAGUCUUCUGAAGUAUAGAAAUUUGUAAGCUGCAGUGAAGAAACACCACUUUGGUCCACUCACCAGCUUGCCAAUGAUCCACUGAUAGUCACCCCCUCAAAUGCGCUUGCAGAUGAGCCUGUGUCCAUCCGAGCCACAGGCCUGCCUCCGUUGCAGAUAGUGACUAUCAAGGCGACACUGAAGGAUGAGAAGGAGAAGCUCUUCCAAUCCAAAGCCUUCUACAAGGCCAACGAGGCUGGCGAGGUGGACCUGGAGCAGGCAUCAGCCUUGGGGGGUGACUACGUAGGGGUCCACCCAAUGGGCCUCUUUUGGUCUCUGAAGCCAAAGAGGGCUUUCCAGAGGCUGAUGAAGAAAGAUGUCAUGAAUAGCCCCUUUUGUAUCACUCUGGACCUGUAUGACUCUGUUUGCUUGAUAGAUUCAGCCACAAUUAGACCCAAGGCCUGCCAGAUGGUGCAGCGUUGGUUUGCUGGCCCUGGGGUUCAGCGGAAACAGAUCCGAGAAGGUCGGGUACGCGGAGCCCUUUUUCUACCUCCAGGAGAAGGUCCUUUCCCAGGAAUUAUUGACAUGUUUGGGGGCGCUGGAGGUCUAAUUGAAUUUCGUGCCAGUCUUUUGGCUUCCCAUGGCUUUGCAGUACUGGCAUUAGCAUAUUUUGCCUAUGAAGACCUGCCUGAUAAACUGCUGGAGACUGACUUGGAAUAUUUUGAGGAAGCUGCCAACUUCCUACUAGCUCAUCCCAAGAUCCAACAACCAGGAAUUGGUGUGAUCUCCGUGAGCAAAGGUGCAGAGAUCGGGCUGGCCAUGGCCUGCUAUCUGAAGCAGGUGGUUGCCACUGUCUGCAUCAAUGGGCCUACUGUCGUCUUCGACAUUCCACUAAGGUAUGGGGAUCUGGUUGUGACACCCAUCCAACAGGCUCAGGAGCGGGCCCAAGUCCACGCCUCAGGGGCUCUGUCCUUCCGUCACUUUAUAGGUGACCCCGGGAUUAAACUGAACCCACAGAGUAUACUUCCUGUGGAAAAAGCCCAAGGGUGGCUCCUCUUCAUUGUAGGAGAGAAUGAUGAAUGCCUGGACAGCAAGGCAUUUGCACAGAGAGCCAUGGACCAGCUCCACAGCCAUGGAAGAAGCAGCGGCAGAAUGCUGGCAUACCCCGGGGCAGGCCACCUCAUAGAGCCGCCCUAUUCUCCCUGUUGCUUUGCAUCUUGGCACUCUGGCUUCCCUAACCCCUUGCUUUGGGGAGGAGAGCCCACUGCUCACGCAGCAGCCCAGGAACACUCCUGGCAAGAGAUCCGGAAGUUCUUCAAGCAACACCUCCCUCAGUCCAGAAGCAAACUCUAAGCAAAGGAAGUGACCAUGCCCAGGUAGCAGGCAGGAAGUGGGUUAGAGAAGAGGUUGGAACUGGUGUGAGGAUAAUAGCAUUAUUUAGGAAUUAGAGAGUAGGAGUGGGGGUGGGGGACAGAAUUCUUUUGACUUUCUUACAUUCACAUUUAUUCCAAUUCAAUUGGAAGUAAAAGGGACAAGAGAGCAGGACACGCUUGAAUCUGAGUGUUUCUGACAAAUUUGUGUGUAGUUGGAAAUUUUGUAAAUUCAAUUUUAGUUUAUAUAUUGGAAUAAAUUGGUAUUCAGAAAUUAUGGUAUUCUUGUAAACUGAUAAACACUGUUUAUAUAUAUUCAGUUAAGGAUUCAUUUGAUCUAGGCAUUUCCAAUCUAAAUGAAAUCUCUAAAACUGCCGACUUCUUUCUAGGAGUACACACUCUGUUUAAACUGUUUUAACUUGGAUUUCUGAUGCUUGACAAGAACAUUCCAGUUCACUAUCAAGUAUAAUGCUUGCUGUAGAUGUCCAGUAGAUUGCCUUUUUUUUUUUUUUUCAAAGUGGGAUGUUUCUCUUUAUUCUAGGUAUAUAUUACUAUUUUUAAAAAUCAGGAACACAAUUAAAUUGAAUCACGUGCCUUUGUGGCAUUUGUUGAUGCUGAGUGAGUUAAUGUAAAUGAGACUUUUAGAGCAGUGUCUGGCAUGUAGCUCCCACCUCAUCUGAGUCACCUGUUCUGGUUUUCACAGUGACUUCCUCUAUGGUUUCACAACGCUUCCCUCUUGUGUUCGCCUGGUCUGAUGAGCUGGCUCCUUGUCACUUCCGCCUGUUCAUUUACGUUGAAUAGAUGGAACUCUUGCAUUGACAAACAAGGAUGCCCAAGUCUCUUUUCGAACCAAUCUCAUCCCUUAUAUUUCUGCAGAACUUCACUGUUUUUCAAGAACGUGUUUUCUUCAUAUUUUAUUUUCACAUAGACCCUGUUAUUUAUCUAUUUUCUCUUUUCUCUCAGUCUGACUUACCGAAAUAUUUCCCCAUCUUAUCUUUUCAAAUGGUGACUUUGCUUCACUUACUGGUCAAAUCUUUUAAAAAUCAUUUAUUAUGUUUUAAAUCAAAUCAAUUCAUGCUCCCGUCUUCCUGUUUUUUUUUUUUUUUGUUGUUGUUGUUUGUUAGUUUGUUACUGAUAUGUAGUGUUCUCUUUUUGUUUAUUUCUGCUUUCUGUUCCUCUUUGACACAAAGGCAGUUUUACCCAAAGUACAAAAUGCUGUAGUGUGGAAGGGGCAGGAGAAGGGGAAUGUCACUUUGCCACGGAGGGAUCAAAUCGGCACUACCCAGACCCACCACUCACAUUGGUCUGUAAAAAGGGACAAUUUGACAUGGACUUCGUGGAAGGAGGUUAUGGGUAUCAACAAUGCUACCAAUAACAUGUUGAACUUUGGUCUGGUCAAGCUUUUGAUCAUUUACUCGCAUCGUGGCAGGAAAACAAGUUCACUGUCACCAUGAGUAAACAAAUCCGAACUGCAGGUUAUCCUGUGGAUCAACUGUGCUAGCGCCUCGGUGAUUAAUUGCAUGGGCACCACUAAGUUAGGCUGUGAGAACUAAGUUUGGAACUAGAAGAGACUUUAAAAAAUUCUCUGGAAGGCCCCGAUCUGAACUGAGAGCCUGCAAAAAUAAAUUGGGAGAUGGAGAAAAAGUUAAACUUUUAUUUUUAAUUGAUAAGAGUGGCAUAUUAGUGCAAUGUUUUGAUGUAUGUGUUAGACCAUGGCCUGCCACUUUAAGACUGUUCAUUCAAACCGACCAAGUCCUCAGCCUAGAAAAAUGAGGCCACGCCCACUGCCCCUCCCCACACCCUUUCCCUCCAUCCUCUCCAUCUCUGCAACAGAUAGUUAAAAAGACUUUGCGGCCUCAGGCUGUUGCAUUGCACCUCUCCCUGCUCUUCCCCUACAUCCCUCCUCUCUGUGACAGAUAGUUAGAAGGCUGUGGCCUCACAGUCCCUCACCCCCAAAGCUGCAAGAGAGGCUUAUGGCUCUACUGCAUACUUAGCAUAUAGGCUAUGUUGAAACAUUGCAUGAAUUAAAUCACAUGGAAUAAGAUUUCCCACCUGUCCUCCCAAACUGGUGAAAGCCAGGCUAUCUCUUUCGUGUGGGGGACUUAUAUGGAGCCUUGUCCCUUGUCAUGCUCUCCAGGGUAUCUCUCUGUUAGUGUAAGCUGGCCCUCUUAGUGAAGUGCCUCUUAAGGCUUUAAAGAGAAGCAAGCCUCUCCCUUGCCCUCUCUGCUAAUGUAGUUCAUUUCUGAAGGGUAAUUUUGUUUCAGCUCCUUUCAUAAACCUGCCACUCCCUGAGUUCUGAUAAUAUGUAUAUAUUCAGGAAUUUUUACACCAGGCUACGUUAAAUAUCACCUCACGUACUUAUGAUAUUUUUGUACUGAAUCUGUUCUUUUUGUGAUUUUGAUAUACAUUUAUGUUAUUAUUAACUGCAGCCAUUAUGUUAUUGAAAAUAUCUCAAAAUUACUUUUAUUGUCUAAUUCAUAUACUUAAGUCAUUAUUUUUCCAUUACUCCAUGGAAUAAUUUGAAUAUGGCCCAUGUCUUCCUAGAGUAAUUUGAGUAUAGAUUAAUAUUAAAUGGUAUCAAGAAAUGACACAAAGAAAUUGUGAUGACAUUGUUACAUGUGAUAAUGGUAUGAUAGUUAUAUAAAAAACUUUAGAGAUUUAUAUUGAAGUAUUCAACAGUGGCUAGCUUUGAUAUGUGGGUAUUAUUAUAAAAAUCAGGAAUAUUGCAAAAAGCAAAAUUACAGCAAAAGGCUUUGGAUGACGUCUCAAGUAAGCUCUGUUAGAGUGUUCUUAUUUGCCUUUAUGUAUGCCUGCAAAUUUUUCAUAAUAAAGAGCUGAAAAUUGUA